AUGGCUAAAUCGGCCAGCCUUAUGCUGCGGGAACUUUUCCCGCAAGUAGAUCUAGGUGAUCAGACACCUUCCCAGCUCAUGCGUCACAUACGCUCACUUCUCGCUGGUAGGCACAUGGACGACGCCAUUUUUCGCGAGAUUUGGUUAGAAAAGUUACCGGUGCCAAUGCAACAGGUUGUGGCUAUGUUGGACUCGAAUACACCCUUAGAGAAGCUAGCUACCCACGCUGACAGAAUCAAAGAGUGUUACCCCAUUGGUGCCUCGUGUUCCAGUAUUCAACAGCCCCCGCCUUCCAAAGACAAGCUUCAACAGGGCAUUGACUUUGAUUCAGAAGGCCCAGCAUUAUCAGAGCACGACACUCCCUAUACGGAAAAAGCACCAUGCUGUUGCACAAUCCGUCGAGCGCCCACAUCAGCCGGUCCUCCCAGAACACCCACUGACGCUUAUCGCACCGAUUACGACGACCCAAGAGACACUGUGCGCCUCCUUUGCACUCAGGUGAGCAACAUGUGCUCUGUUCUUAACAGUCUUCAAUCGGCUAGAAAACAGCCAUACUUAAAUCGGCGGCCUAAAUCCCGUGAGCGGCGUUCACAACCAUUAUGUUGGUUUCAUCGCACUUAUGGCCCGAAAGCCCGAAAGUGCAUACCCCCUUGUUCGUUCGCUCGUCCUUCACAGUUAAACGACCACGCCAGCCAGUAAUGGCGACGACUGCUGCUGGUCCGUCGCGAACCAUCCGUCUUUUCUAUAUCAACGACAAGUCGAGCGGCCUCCGUUUCCUUGUUGAUACCGGUGCCGAGGUUAGUGUCAUCCUGCCUCUAAGGCGUCACCGCCUCAAGCCGUCGCAACUCUCAUUGUAG